AUGGACGAGAAUGCUGAGCCUUUCUCUAAGCUUGAAGCUGGCUUUGCAGAGAUUGAAUUUGAGCGCCGGCCAGUUUCAGUCCAUGUCGAGGCGAUCAACCGAUUUGCAAAUGCUUCAGAUCAUUUGGUCAAAGACUUGGACUUCAACUUCAACGCUGAAGACGACAGCGCGCGUAUUUCUGUUCAAAGCAUGCUACCAGCAUUGCAGUAUAAUUUACAUGUGGAAAAUACGAACAACUUCGCCACGAACACCCAAAUUCUGUGCUUCGACCACACAGAAGCACAAACUACCUUUUCCACUGUGGAUGAUGUGAGCAUAAAGGAGAUUCUGAAUUCUAUCCAGCCAGAAGAUGCAACAGAUGCAAUGAAUUGCGACCCUUCGAUGACAGGAAAUCUUGUCUUCAACACCAUUUCAGCCUCCACGGGUCCGACGGCCGAGACAGUUACGAGUGAACGACUUCUCGUCUUCUUUGUUCCGAUAUGGCCAAACAAAGACGGCUCAUUUGGCUCGCAAGCCUCAAUAAAAAGCUCAUGCGUUGAGAAACUAUUCAAAACACUCGAUGUCAAUCCCGAAUAUCUUCUCAAUCUAGUCGGACGGCCUGACUACUGGUCACCGCGAACACGAUGGCGACGGAGCACAAAAGACAGGCUUGUAGGAGUGGACUACUUUUGCCAGUAUCCUCGCUGGAACGUGCUAGCACAAGGCGCUCCCCUCUCACUAUACGUGACACGACGGCUCAGAACAAAGCUAACAGCCUACAUACUCUCACACAAACCUGGGGAUACCAGUAUUUCUGCAUUGCAACAAAUGUUGAAGAUUGUACACAGGGCAUCUGGAACAACAAACCUCCCAACAGGCUAUCUAAGAAACCCUUUUGAAAUAGCAGUUCUACUCUCCACAUUAUCUCUCGAAGCGUCCAAGUUCCACGUCGGGCGGUUUCGUCGCUACAUGUGGCAGCAGAUCAAUAAAGUUGAUGACCAUCUAAGUGGAUUGGAUAUUGGAAAUCGCGACCAGUUGACCGAACUCACCAAGUCGCUCCAAAUCAUCUCACAGCAAGCUGACUCGCACCUUUUGAACGCCGACGUAGCAAUUCUCACCGCAAGAGGCACGAAGCUGAGGACGCAAUUAAAUAUGAAAGAUGGUACCAUGAGUUUGGUAUACAAUCUUGUGACGCAAAACGACGCACAGAAUAACAUUCUGCUAUCACGGAGUAUGAAGCGUGAUAGUGCAAGCAUGAGUGCUAUUGCCGCAUUGACGAUGGUAUUCCUACCGGGUACUUUCACAUCUAGCAUACUAAGCGCUGGAAUUUUCUCAGCCAAUGCAGGCUCCCGAGCGUCGAACAAAGCCAGCAAACUAGUGCGUUCCUACAAUAGCAAUAGCUACUAUACUUGUGUCUUUUCAAUAGACGACAACUUUCAUCUUACCAGCGAUGUGCUAAUAAUUCGAUGA